GGGUAUUUGAAUCCCUUCAAUUUCCUUUGCUCACGUUUCCUUUUCCAUCAUCCUUCGCUAUCAGUCUUCACUCACUAUCACAAGUCUCUCACUUGAAGUUGAAUAAAGCUCAGACAUCCAACCCAAAUUCUGGUCUUUGAGUCUUUGUUCCAACCUAUUACAAAGUACUUGACCACUAUUCGUUACCAAUCACACCUCAAGUCAAGACAUAUAUUUCAACAUGAAGUCCGCAAUCGUUCUCGGGCUUGCAGCCAUUGUUGUUGCCGCACCUGGCGGCGGAGAUGACAACGGCGGUUUUGGCGGUGGACGUGGAGGAUGGGGCAACGGUGGCGGCUUCGGUGGUGGCCGAGGUGGUGGCUCUGGUGGCCCUGGUGGAAAUGGCGGAUGGGGAGACUGGAAACAAGGAGGUCAGUGGCAAAACUGGGAAGAGACCAGCACUCCUGCACCUACACCUGCACCUAUCACGACGACAACCCCUUCUCCAUCUCCUGCUCCAGUCGAGACUUCUACCACGUCUCAGCACUGGCAGGACUGGUCAUCAGAACCAUCAUCAUCUAUUUCCCCUGCCCCUACAGAGACCUCAACCCAUUCCCAAUGGGAAGACUGGUCGUCAGUACCUUCUUCAUCAAUUUCCCCUGCUCCCACAGAGACCUCAACCCAUUCCCAGUGGGAAGACUGGUCUUCAGUACCUUCAUCAUCGAUUUCCCCAGCCCCUACCGAGACAUCAACACAUUCGAAAUGGUCCGAUUGGACCUCAACCUCUCCCAUACCUUCUCCAUCUCCGAUUGAGACGACCACUAACCCCACUCCAGCUCCUACCGAGACUGGCCAUUGGUCAGACUGGUCUUCUACCGUGGCUCCCGAGCCCGCUCCAAUCGAAACUUCCACCACCAAAUGGGAGGAUUGGUCUUCUGCGGAGCCCGCGCCAACUGUCUCCCCCAUCCCAGUUGAACCUACUCACACCUGGGCUGAUUGGACCUCUGCUGAGCCUGAGCCAACCGUGUCCCCAGUCCCUGUUGAGCCAACUCACACUUGGGGAGACUGGUCUUCGGAGCCUGCUCCAACAACCACUGCUCCAACCACCAUUGCUCCAGUGCCGGCAACCUCUACUACCAAGAAAUGGGAGGACUGGUCCAGCACCACACCUGAGCCAGAGCCAGUGACUACCGUUCAGCCUGAGCCACAGCCAACCCCAACCACGACUUUCCACUCAACUACUCCUCACCCAAUUACAACAACUGCCUCUCCAGCAACUUUCACUGGAGCUGCCACGGCUGUGUCAGGAAACUACAAGAUGGCCGGUGCCGCCGCCGCCAUUGUUGUCGUGGCUCUUCUGUAGACGAGUUCCUCGCAGAUCUCUGGCCGACCUUCGUCUUUUUCCACCCCAGCAUUCUACAUUCAAUUCUUCCACCCGAUCCCAUCUCCCAUGGCAUCGGAGACCAUAUCUCCCGCAAAGAGAAUAUGUGUCACAAAACACCGACCCCCAAUUUUUGGGGAGAUUUUUGAAUUUGAUUUAUCAAUCAAAGCGCUAAUGACCGUGAAACGAACACACAACAACAACACUCGACGACGAGACUCAUGAUCACUCCUUUAGCAUGAGUCCAACCCCCCUAUUCCACGCAGCUGGAACUGGGAGGAUUUUUUGGGAGGAUGGACCCGACAAAAAGACUAUUAGGAAGAAACAAACACAACCAACGACAAUGAAGGCAAAGGGGGAAGGAAACUGGAAAUGGCAGGCAUUCUAGUGUGAUCUCAGCAGCUCGACUCUGGCAUCACAUUUGUAUGAUAUAGAAUUUGGCUUUUGGAUAUAAAUCGCCCACGCAUCGCUGUCAACCAACAGAAGGUUGGCGCGUGGCAUGGCAUGGCACAAGGGCAGCGAAGUCUCUCGACUCGCGCUCCUUUUAACUAGUACUACUUUAGUUUAGUAUAGCUUUAGAAUCUCGAAAUUCGACAAGCUGCCAAAUAAGACCAAAAACAUUUCAAAAUA